UCAACCUAUCAAACAUUUGCUUACUAUCCAUAUGACCAACACCAUCUCCUCCUAAAACAAAGAAGAGGGCUCUUAACUCUAGAGAGAAAGCAAGCAAGUGAGCCGAACAUGGAGUCUCCCCAGAAGCCACCACAAGCUCACACACUACUCUUCCCACUCCCCGUGCAAGGCCACAUUACCCCAAUGCUCCAAUUCGCCAAGCGCCUCGUCUCCAGAGGUCUCAAAGCCACCCUCGUCACCACCCUCCACCUCUCGAAAUCCAUACGCAUCGACCCCUCCGCCGCCGCCUCCUCCUCCAUCAACAUCGAGACCGUCUCCGACUGUCAAGGCGGAGACGGCCAGCCCCAGGGCAAGUCCUCCGAGGCCCACCAGAUGAGCGGAUCGAGAACCCUAGCCGAACUGAUCCGAGAGCUUGACCGUUCGGCGCAACCAGUCAUCGCGGUCGUCUAUGACGGGUUCAUGCCGUGGGCGCUCGACGUGGCCAAGCAAUGCAAGUUGGAGUUGCUUUCUUCACGCAGACCUGCGCGGUGA